UUGGAGAGGCGCUGCGUCCCCGGCUUCGAGGCCUAGCAAGCCCGCGAGCCUGUGGAUCCCUACGCGACUCGCGCCUGGCCGAGAGCAGCGCGGGCACGGAGACGAAAGGGUCGGAGGCGGCCGCCGCGGCCGUGAGGGGAAACACUCUUGGGCAAUAGAUACAUCUGUGGAAAACAUGGUAAUUUUAUGACAUGCUCUUAAAGUUAUAUUUUCCAGGUUAAUGAACCUUCAUGAACAAAAGGAGCAAACUCCAGACUAGAUGAUACACACAGGAGUUUUAAACAGAAGUGUGGCCUGAUGUAGCUUCCUGGUGUUAACUUUGUUUUGGUAAUUUAUCCGAAACUGAUGAAAUGUGGAAAUAGAGGACCAGCUAAUUUUAUCUUUAUCAAAUUUAAAGGUUCAUUGUUUCUGAACUGAAUAUGUGCUGUGUACAAAUGAUGUUGCCUUGCUCAUGACAUAAUCAGUGUUAUGUAGACGAAAUAAAAUUCGAGGGAAAAUAGAUUUUGGAGAAAAAAAUGCCAAAGAAAAAGAAAAAUCUUGGUGUGAGCCCAUCAAGAAAGAGCAUAAACUCAGAAGUGACGCCUGCUGCAUCUGCCGACUUGGUACCGCCUUCAGUAGAUCUAACAAUGUUACAAACACCGCAUGGGAUUGAUAAAGAAGAACUCUUCAGCAGUCUUUCAGAAAUGUUUUCUGACUUGGAUCCUACUGUCAUUUACAUGGUGCUAUCUGAAUGUGAUUUCAGAGUUGAAGACACUAUGGAUUAUCUGCUAGAAUUGUCUACAGCUGCUAAGGGAAUAACAUCUUCACCACAUGUCUCAGGUUUUGAUUCCAUAUCUGCAUCAUUGGUUGGUGAAAAUCAACCAAGCUGUGUUACUAAUGAAAUAGAGGGCCAAAGGUCUGCUGCAAUAAAAAAUGUGAAAUCUAGUGAAGAAUCAGAAAAGUCUUCAUCAUCUGAAGAACUGGUUUUCUUGCCGUGCCAUCCUUUUGAGAAAUAUAAUCUAAAUAGUGAAAUGAAGGAUUCAAAAAAUGACCAUAUCUCAGGCAAUCUGUCUUUGGCUUUGGACCACGGUAGCUCUGAUCAAGUCAAAGAGUUAUCUGGGUGUGCAGAGUCCUGUUUGGGUUACAAUACUGUGCUUUCUUUGCAGAAAAAGGAAACAGACAGUGAAAAAUUAGAAACCUCCACUUCUUUAAAUCCAGAUUGUGACAAACCCUCUGAAGUAGUUUGUGGAAAAUCAGGCAUUCAGACAAAUGAUGUGGAUAUUUUUGCACAAAUCCCAGAGAACUGUAAUUUACCUGAAGUUGUACUUGACAGUGGUGCAGUUCCAGAAGUUGUUUUGGACCUUACAACCCUAAAUGACGUGUCUGCUCAACACUGCCAGGGGAUUGCAGAAUUUCAAAAUAGUGUGGUUGACAAUUCUCGUUCUUGUUCACACAAGACUGAAAAACAGGGAAACACAGUGACUGUGUGUAAUAAUUAUUAUAAUACUUCUGUUCCUGACCUAUGUGCAGAAUCCACUUUCAAACUGACACCUUUUACAAAUGUUGACCAGUCUCAGCAGAUGUGGAAUUCACAAUUUUCUGUGCUUCAGAAACAGUCUCAGGAGUGUACCUGGAACCUAAUGGCUCCUGUCUUUUAUCCUCAAAAUGCAAGCCAUAGCUUCGUAACUCCAGUCGCUGUCAGCCCUGGGAAAUGGAGGCCUGCUUCAAACUCUAGGAGUCUUGGGAAAAUAUAUUCUUCUCAAACAACUUCACAGUCUUGGGACAGCAAAUCCUCUCUGCCGAAAAUGGACAUUUCUCAAGUACACCAGCUUCCUGUUUGUCACAUGAUGAGAAGAAAGAUUCCUCUCGCAGGUCAUGUGCUUGUUCUUCUUAGAGGGGUUCCUGGAUCAGGCAAAUCACAUUUGGCAAGGGCUUUGCUUGAGGAUAACCCUGGUGGUGUCAUUCUUAGUACGGAUGAUUAUUUUUACCAAAAAAAUGGACAGUACCAAUUUAAUGCUGAUUGCUUAGCAGACGCACAUGAGUGGAACUGGAAACGUGCCAAAGAAGCAUUUGAAAAAAGCAUCACUCCAAUAAUCAUAGACAACACAAACACACAGGCUUGGGAAAUGAAACCUUAUGUUGCAUUGUCCCAGGAACACAAAUAUAAGGUUAUAUUUCGUGAACCGGAUACCUGGUGGAAGUUUAAACCAAAAGAACUGGAAAGGCGAAAUAUUCAUGGCGUAUCAAAAGAGACGAUCAAAAGAAUGUUGGAACGAUAUGAACGUUGCCUGACUGUUAAUUCAAUUUUGAAUUCUUCAAUCCCAGAUGAAUUGAAAAGUGCCACCUGUGAUGAAGUUCUUCACCACAAAAAGGGAGAAGGGAAGGAAGAUAUGCCUCAUUAUGGGAAAAACAAGGAACAUUUUCCUUCACCUUUGAAAUGCAUAGAAUUAAGUAUGGAAGAUAAGCAUCAGUCAGAGAAAGUUACAGUGGAAAAUCAGACUCUCCUGAAUAAAAAGAGAGAACUGGAGCAUUGGGUUCAAGACUGUACUUCUAAAUGUAAUGUCUCUCUGGAAGACAUAGAUCUCAAUGCAUCAUCAAGGACAGACAAAAUUGAUUCUACUCUUGAAAAGAUGGACUUGGUAAAGUCUGAGGAAAGUGAAUUCUCAAAUUCCAGUGAAAAUAUUCAGAAGUACAAUAACAAGGACAUAAUAGCUGAAGUUGAAGCAAAUCAGUGUGCUGAAGUCCUAACAGAAGCAGAGUUAAGACUGACAAAAAACAUGAAUAAGGCAGAUUCAGGCUGCGAUAAACCGGUAGGGCCAGAAACAGUAAAUUUUGUGGGAGACUGGCCAAUAGAACAAACUAUGGGGCAGAGAGUGAAAAGAGCUAGAAGGUCAGAAAAACUGACUAUAAAGAAUGGCAAAGAGGAUAAAGGUCUAAGCAUACCCAAUUUUGAUGCAUUAGCAAUUCUAGAUGAAGAUGAAAAGGUAAAUCCGGUUAAUAUUCAUGAAGAGCUGCCACUUUCUCAGAGUAAACAGGAAGAAAUUAAACAGCCCUCUGCCUGUAUGUCUGCUGAUGAUACGGAAGAAGAUGCAUCACGACUGCUGAUUGUAGGAGACUGGCCAGUCCAAAACUCUUUAGAGCAAAGACAGCACAAAAUGAAAAGAAUACUCAAGAGAAACACUGGUGAAUCAGAAGAGAUUAUAAGUAGUCAAUGCAGUAUUAACGAAAGUACUCUGAACACAGUAACGGUACUUCCUACAACAUCUGCAGGUGCUGGAGAGCUACUUGUCUCAUCAAAGAAGGAAAGUCUUCUGGCACCUGAAAUCUCUGGUUCUGAAACUCUUAGUGAGAAAAAGUCUGUGCAGAACAAAAGGGCACGCAAGCAUCAUAAAUUAGCUCUAACAUUUACCAACAAUUUGGCCCUCAGUAAACCAGAGGAAGAAUUGUGUCUGUCUAAUUUGCUGGAAGAGAAACCCGAUGAAUGCAUCAUGGCAGAGGCCAAUAAGUAUUCGCAGACGGAGCCCCAGGAUUUUGCUCUCCUGUGGAGGCUUGAAAGGAAAAUUAUUGUUUCGGAAGAUACCAAAGUAUUAAAUGGCAGACUGGAUGGAUUCAUACCAAAAGGCAUUCAUACUGCUUCAGAAAAAAUACCCUAUAAAGUAACUUAUGAGAAAAGCACAUAUGUGGAAGAAAGUGAACUUGUCAAUAUUGAUGUAUCUGAGAAUCUGAAUAUUUUGUGUAAACUCUUUGAGUCCGUUUCAUUUGAUGCACUGAAGGACUUGUAUGAAAGAUGUAACAGGGACAUUGAUUGGGCUACAGGGAUCUUGUUAGAUUCUGCUGAGAAGUUAUGCAGAGAUGAUGAGGUUGGACCCUUGCAGGAAGCACAGAUUCAGCCUUCUGGCAAGUCUCUUGACUCUAAUGAAAAUGCUGGUUAUAGAGAACGACUUGCAGAUUCUGAGGAAACCACUCAAGGAACUGUGUCUUCUAGAAUUAGUCAGGAUUCAGAAAUAACAAAUCUCUCUGUUGAUGGUGGAGGUGAUGAAGCUUCCACCGUUAAAGAUGAACACAACUUUUCAACUGCUUCCCCAGCAGAAAACAAACAGUUAAUGCCGUCUGCUCCAAGAACUCAUGUCGAAGAAUCAGGAAAUGAGAAACCACUUUUAGAUACCACACAUACAAAAGAGAUGAACUCUGUUAUUCUAUCAGAAAAUGAGCAGCCGAACAAGAUGUUGCAUACUGAAGUGGAGUGUUCAAUUAUAGAAGAGCUCCCAUCUCAUCUAAUGCUUACAGAGGGCUCUGCAAGCAAGGACAGCAAAUUUGAGGUGGAUAAAAAAAUGAAUUGUAAACCAAUGUUUCUAAUUGCAGCAAAAAAUGAAGAAAACAAAAUACCCAAUCAAGAUAAAAGCAAGUUAGUGAACCCCACACCUGUAUCAAAAUCUGUGAAUAUAAAUUCCCUAGAACUGGUCUUACCUCCUGAACUAGCCAUUCAAUUAAGUGAAAUAUUUGGACCUGUUGGUGUUGAUUCAGGAUCUCUAACUACUGAAGAUUAUGUGGUUCAUAUCGAUCUGAAUUUAGCCAGAGAAAUUCAUGAAAAAUGGAAAGCAUCUAUUACAAAGCGACAGAGGAGAGAAGAGGAGCUGCAUAAGCUUCUUGAAGAAGAUCCCAUGCUGUUUGAGCAAUUCUGUCUAGAUGAGCUGGACAGCCUUCUUUCUCCGCACACAAACUGUCAAGUACAGAAGACCGAAAGACUGCCUACAGAUACGCUAACUGAAAACUCAGCUGCUUCAGAGUUUUUUCCUUUCAUGGAUCACUGGAAUGUCCAGACGCAGAAAGUAUCACUCCGGGAGAUAAUGUCCGAAGAAAUCGCCUUACAAGAAAAAGAGGACCUGAAACGCUCUCCUUUCAUGGCUAGAAAAGACUGCGCUGCCAAACUGAAAGAGAAGCAACUCCUGGAGUUAUUCCCAGCUAUUAACCCAAACGUCUUAAUGGAAAUCUUCAAGGACCACAAUUAUUCUUUGGAGCAAACCGUCCAGUUUUUGAACAGCGUUCUAGAGUCAGAUCCAGUAAAGACAGUUGUAGCCAGAGAAACUGCCCAGGGUGCCAUACUCUCUUCUUGCAGUGCUUUAAAGACACGAGAGAGAAAGGCCAGAAAGUGCAAGGAACCAGAAGACAUUCUUGGUGCAAAGGCGUUUCAAGACUUUGAAUAUCCAGGAUAUGAUGAUUUCAGGGCCGAAGCUUUUCUUCACCAACAGCACAAGCAAGAGUGCCUGAGAAAAGCUGGGGAGGCAUAUCGCAUGGGAAUGAAGUCUGUAGCAGCAUUUUAUGUUCAAAGGGGUCGCCUUCACGAGGAGAAGAUGAAAGAAGCCAACCGCGAUGCUGCCAUGCAAAUCUUUGAGAAAGUGAAUGCAUUGAAGCUUCCUGAAAACCUGUUGGACCUACAUGGUCUUCAUGUGGAUGAAGCUUUGGCUCACCUGGGUAGAGUAUUGCAGGAGAAAACAGAAGAAUGCAACCUGGCUGGUGGUAAGCCAUAUCUCUACGUGAUCACAGGAAAGGGAAACCAUAGCCAGGGAGGAGUUGCUCGCAUCAAACCAGCAGUUAUGAAAUACCUCACAAGCCACAAGUUCAGGUUCACAGAAAUAAAGCCAGGCUGCUUGAAAGUCAUGCUGAAGUAAAAGGAUGUCACCAAGAGGACUGGAAAAGCUGCUAUAAUUGACAUACAAACAACUUCAAAAUAUAAUGCCGUUCCUGUGCUACUUUUAAAUAACAAUAUUUUACUGGAAAUAUUUUAACGUUUUUAGCAGGUGUGUUUUUUGUCAGCAUGUUUUCCUCGCCAAAAUUGAAUGGAUUUUUUUUUCUUUUUAAGGGAAAUAGUUUUUUGGCCUCUUGAUAUAAAAGGAGUCCAUGUGAAGAGAACUUCUGUACAAGAAAUGGACUUUCAAAGGGAAGGCUCCAUUUUGAAACACUCUGUCCUCUCAGAUUUAAAGAACAUCCACAAAUAUCUCAAGCAUUAUCUUCUUAAAACACUUACCUUGUUCUGUAUAAGAGGGGUAGCCAACAUAGUACCCUUCAGAUCUUUUGGACUACAUUCCCCAUCAUUCCUGGCAACUGGGCAUGGUGGUUGGGGCUGAUGGAAGUUGUAAUCCACAUUUGGAGGGUAUCAUAUUGACUACCUCUGCUCUGUCAUGUUUUUAAGACUUGGAGCUAAGAUUGCUUCAGAUGCUUUGAAAUAAUUAAAAGUUUUGGGGGGAGAAAAUGAUGCAGUGGAUUGAAGUAAUGAGCUAAUAAUUAUUUAUGUUCCUUGGGGAGAAGUGGAAAUGUUAGGUGUUAACAUUUCCCUGGACUUAAGAGAAAUACAACGUCUCAUACCUCAGUGAGUUAUCUGCUCAGAUUGUCCCAACUCUUCAACUCUCUUCAUAUAUUGAAAGUGUUGACAAUACUGCCUGAUGAGAUGGUUGAGCUUUUUUGUGAAAGGAUAUGGGUACAUAAAGGUCUUGACCAUUAUGUAAGUAAUGAGGAACCAUUUCCUCUCUUAUUUAUACAGUUGCCACUAGAAUCAACAAAAUUUUAGAAGUCCCAGUUUUUGUGACGUAUAAAGAGCUGGAUUCAGCUAUAUAUUUGUGCUAGUGGGAGCCAGCAUAACAAAGCCCGCUAAUGCUGUUGCGCUGAUGGAACAAUUCUUCCAUUUUUCGCUUAAAAUAUUAAGUGCACUGGCUCAUGAGUGCAACGAGAAUAUGUACAGAGAGCUGCUGUGUGAAUUGAAAUGUACAAGGGUACCUGCAGUGAAGCUCCUUUUGUGCAUUGUAACUCCUGAAUGUGUGACUAAAGUCUCUGGAUCGGGGUCGGCAUUUCCAUAUUCUUUGUGGUAGGAGAAAAUGUAAGGAAUCUUCAUAGACUCCAUCCUGUCUGUAUAAAAAUUACAUAUGGUCUAUUAGAGAAGACACCAGCAAAUUGACGCCAUGUAAGGGUUUGCCAGCUUUGAGCAAGCCCAUGUGCCAUUAACGACAAUACUGGAUAAAGCAUUUAUCAAUGGCAGCUACUACCAUUGCAGUACUGAUGGAGGGAGCUACAUCUACUGACAUUCUCAUAUUCCUACUGCUGCUGUUAAAACAUACAUGGUUUCCUUCAGAUCAGGAAGUACAGCAAUGUGUGCAUGCAUAUCUCUCUUACAGGGAUGCAGUUUCAUUUGAAAAUGUUUCAUCAUUAUAGUAUAUUUUGUGUGGAUUUUUAAAUGUUAAUUCAUGGCUGAGAAUAAGCAAGCAACUCAAAGUAUUUUUUAAACGUAUUUUAAUAUCAAAACUGGAUGAUCCUAGUUGCAAAUUGAAUGACAUCUCCCAUGAUAUUCAGUGCCUCUGUAUCCAAACAAAUUAAUACAUAUAGAAAUAUUUUAAAAACUGAUAGGUGACAUUUAUUUUCAAGAAUAUGCAAAUAAUGUAUACAUGUCUUUCAGCGUGGACAUGCAAGUGCUCUUUAAAAUUGUUUUAUAAUUAUGAAGCUUUUAAAACAAUUGAGGAUUACAUGUGAGCCAUUGUGUAAAUAGGUGAGUGUGAAAUAUUUCAAGUUACAACCAAUUGUGUCCUUCCACUGAUGGGGACUUCAGUGGAAAGAGGGGGGUGGCAAAUUUUGUCAGUUUCCCCCUUCCCUCCUGCAGUGCCACCUUCUAUGCUGAUCUGAAGGUUCUCCCUAGCCUCUGGAGCAGAUUGGAAGGGCACAAUAGUCUGUAUGGGGGAGGAAGAAUAUAUGGCAAUUACCUCCCUCUCCAUGCCACUGAUGGAAGCCUCUUAAGUGCUUUCCAUCAGUGGAGAAAAUACAAUUUGUACAACCCUUCAUAUCUUAAAGGUGCCAUUUCAGUAGAAUUUUGAAGCAGCCAGUUUCUUUGACAUAUAAUGCAACAGAAUUUGUACACACAUGUUAUGGACACCAGUUAAAUUGGGACAUUAUAGUGCAUGUGCAACUAUUGAAAAGUUCCAACCUGCAGUUAACUAUGAUCCUUUCAAAGAGAUCUUUGAGUGGGAACAGAUUCCUGCACAUUGCAGGGAGAAAGGAAACUCAUCCAGUCCUUAGUAUGUUAUUUACAGGACUUACCACCUGGAUCAGAGCUUCAGAAUUUCCUACUAAAUUGAUAUCUAAGCUUAAUGAAUUUUAGAAAAGAUAGCUUUUGAAUCUGGAGGAAAAAAAUGAUGAUGGAAGGAGUGCCUGGUAUAGAAAUCCAAACUGCCUUUUUUUGCUUAGGGGUGUAUGUCAUUAUGGGAGAAAAACAAAACCUUUUCCUUCUAUUUUUAUAAAUCAAGCACUUUUAAAUAUGUGAGUUGCUUGGUAGCUAGAUUCCCCCUCCCCUUUUUAUGUGGACUGCCCUAUAGCCAAAGAAACUACUACUGCUUCCCCCAUUGAAAUAAUUGGCUUUUUCAAACACCUUCCUAUGUACCAGAAUGGGUGUGUUCAUCAAAAUACUUAUUCAGGAACCUAAUGCAAAGAAGGGAUGCUUCACCAUUACCAUUGUACAGAUGUGUCUGUAUGGCCAGGACAUGCAUGCAUGUUUUGCUUCAUGUACAAAUCAUGGGGAAACCACUAUUGACUGUGAGAUCUUCACUCCAUGUCCAACUAGCCUGACCAGCUACAUAGUGUUGAUCACACAAGAAGGGGUAACGACACACGUGGAAGAGCUACCCAUAUUAGGAUAACCAUGAUGUGAAAGGCCCCAAGGUAGUUUCUCUUAAUGCGAUGGCAGAUUUAUCUUUUCAGAUGCUGGUCUAUUUUUGUCCUUUUUUCAUGAACGGAGUUCUUCUCGCAGGAACUUUGGAUCCAAGCCAUUGUGACAUUGUAAAAAUUUCACUCCUUUCGAUAGAACCUGCCAAGUAGAAGUGGCUGCUGGAUUAUAGCCUCCUGUUCCCUUCUACACUUUAGUAGUUUAUUUAAAAAUAACUGUGAAUAACUUGUAUAUUUUCUUAGGGGAAAAAAUACAACUGAAGAAAUUAAGACUAAACCUGAAAAUACCUGUAAGGAUACCUAAGGGAAAUUUGUUCUUUUCAAUGUCUCAGUACAACUUUCAUAAUUGUUUUCUUUGUUUUGGUAUUUUUACCAUGCUUAAUUUCUUAAAAAAGGUCAAAUGUCUUAAGAUGAGGAAGAAUUAUAAUUUCUGGGUACCCAUUUUUUUAUUAUUAACGUCUUAAAUCAGCCUCCAAAGAAGAUGUCAUGAGCAUAUGCUUAUAUCAAUUAGGGUCAUUGCUUAGGCUGCAAAAAUUGUACUCUAAAUGUUUUAUUGAAAAGAGAUUUAAAUUUACUCAGGGCAGUGGUUUCUGUGAAAGUGCCUAUGGAAAUGAUAGCCUUCCCAGUGUCAAAUAUUUUCAACAGAUAGAUAUUUUGAUUAUAAUUGAUAUUAAGCUCGUAUGUGCAGUUCAGGUUUCAAAACAUUACUUAUCCUUUCUUCAUUUCUUGAAAAAGAAUGUAACAUCCCUUAACUAUAUGGACUUUACGUAAACUUCAGCUUGCUGUGGUGAAACGUUAAAGGCUAGCACACAUGCUAUAUAUUCGCAUACAUGUAUUUACUACAUUUUGCAAGGAUGAACAUGCGAAACAGGUGAUCACAUAGAUGCCCUUCCUGUGAUCCCAGCAGCACUCUUUCCUGGCCAUGACAAUUGUGUAAACUGCUGUGAGUCAUAUGUGAGAUGACAAACGUUUUCCCAUGUAAACUUGUGUGUGAGGAUGAUGGGAAAUGUUUACAUGGAGAAAAUCUUGCUCUUUUCAAAAGGGGAAAAAAAGUUCAACUACUGACCGGGAUUAUACUACUCUACUAUAAUAAAAAAGUACAAUGAAAGAUCCAGUAUUGUGUCACAAAAAUAUGGCCAGUAUGUAAGUAGAUUUCUUGACUGUUCAUUUUUUUUUUAGGUGUAUAAAGCUCUUCUGGUUUCCUAUCUUUUUUUUGUAAUGUUUGGUUGUUAGCACAUAAAAUUUCUUACGUGAAUAAUUUCAAAUAAAAUCCAGUUUAAUAAAUA